AUGAGCGUGCUGUCCCGGUACAAAAUUCAGUAUCACAGCGCAGGAAACUUGGCUUUCUGCAGCGGGACGCCCUCCACCCUCGUUGACAGCUGCGUCCCAGAGCAGAAGGGAUGUGCACUGAGGAUGGACGUUAAUAUAACUGGAGUUUCCACAAUGGAGAAGAGGGAAGGUGGUCAUGGUGCAAUUGAUCAGAAUGCAGGUCAGAACAUCAUGCCAAGAAGAAGUACAGGAAAUCUUAACUAUUUGAAUGUGGAUAUGCAGGUUGCCAAUCCAGCAGAAGCAGCUGCACUUUUUGAUUUACAUCAAGCACACCAUUUUGGUGAGUUUGAACACUCUUCAGAACGGCACUGCAAGCAGGAUCUGUUCCCUAAGUGGCACUUGCCAAUGAAGAUAGCAUCUGUGAUCUCAUUAUUAACAUUUAUUUACACUUCCAUGAGAGAUGUCAUAUAUCCUUUUAUAACCAAAAAGGAAAACGUUUUCUAUAAAAUUCCAAUCCUUGUAAUAAACAAAGUUUUACCAGUGACUUCGAUUACCCUUUUAGCACUAGUGUAUUUACCAGGAAUAUUAGCUGCUAGUUUCCAGCUGUACUUUGGCACCAAGUAUAAAAGGUUUCCCCAGUGGCUGGAUAGAUGGAUGUUAUCAAGGAAACAAUUUGGACUUCUCAGUUUCUUCUUUGCUACAUUGCACGCCUGCUAUAGCCUGUGCUAUCCAAUGAGAAGAUCAUACAGAUACAAGCUGCUGAACUGGGCAUUCCAGCAGGUCAAACAAAAAAAAGAAAAUGCCUGGAUUGAGCAUGAUGUUUGGAGAAUGGAGAUUUAUGUGUCUCUAGGAAUUCUGGGACUUGCUUUGCUGGCCCUGUUGGCAAUAACAUCAAUUCCAUCUGUCAGUCUCUCUUUGACCUGGAGAGAGUUCCACUACAUUCAGAGCAAGAUGGGAUAUUUAGCCCUGCUGCUAUGCACUGUUCAUGCACUGGUGUUUGCUUGGAAUAAGUGGGUUGAUGCUAACCAAUUCAUCUGGUAUACGCCACCUUCAUUUAUGGUUGCAGUUUUUCUUCCUAUUGUUGUUCUGCUCUGUAAAUGCGUACUGCUCCUCCCGUGUUUUAGGAAGAGGAUAAGAAAAAUCAGAAAUGGUUGGGAAGCAAAGACACAAGCCAAUCAAACCAGCAUAACUUCCAGACUGUAG